AUGGACAACAUUAUGAAUCGACCCGAACGAUUCAGCGAAGCAAACCAAGAUAAAGGCUUGGGAGAAAUUCUAACACCAUCAGAAUACCUCAAUCGCGGAAUCAAAGUGAUCCGCGCCAUCGAGGACGCCAUCAACACCACCCCUCACAGUAUUGAAAGACUCUGUUUCGGCGCCAUGCGCAACAUCCUCACCGACCCAAAGCAUCCUAUCGACUUCGAAGGCUAUCACUGGUCCGAAGUCAAUUUCCAUUCGAAAGGAUACACCAACAGGGGGUUUGACGCAGUUUGGCCCGGAUUCAAUUGUGUCUGCAACGUGUGGGUAUCUGCGAAGGUGGGUACAGUCAUUGUGCAAACGUCAGCUACGGCGACUGAUCUUGACAUUCCCGGACUAGAUACACCACGUCUCUACAAUAGUGAGCUCAUCUACCAAGCUUGGCGCGAUGCGGUCACUGCGAAUGUGACAGGUUCAUCUCCCCAAGUAGUGUCAAAACUUACAGAUUUAAAGUACAUCAUCCGUGCUCCAAUUGGUAAUUCAGGAACCCUUGCUACCAUGAGAGAUGUUCUUCUCUCGCAAGGUGUCUCGAAAGGCCAAAUUGAAAGUGAAGUGACGGUGAAGCGAACUUUUGACGACCCAUCGAGUACAGAAGAUACAUGUUUGGAACAAAUUCAUACCAUUUUUGGCGCCAUGAUCUUCGAACUAGGCGAGGAGAAAGCUUCGACCGAACUCGAGAGAGAAAAAAGCGCCCCUAGUCAAGGUAAGUCAACCACCACACACGCUCCUUCCCAAAAACCUCAACCCCCCCAACUUCCCCCAGCAGCCCCGGCCAAAGUCACUAGGAGGAUUAGCGAGAGGGUAAAGAAUUUGAUGAAGAAGUUUGAAGAGUGA